GUCAAGGGGACAGAAGCGAAAAGCAAGCUAGGGGUUUGUGUCUGAACAUGAAGCAUCUUCUCCGACUACAAUUGAGAAGCUUCUUUAGGAUCCUUCCUUGCAGGUGUUCCUUACUUCAUUUCUCGAAGACCAUUCCUUGUCCGGAUCCAAUUCAUGACACCCUUAAGCGCCGGAUCGAGCGUGUCCCAGGUUCAACGGCCUCCAUCACCCCUUUGCUCCGGGAAUGGUGCGAACGCGGAAAUCAAGCGAGACAUGCAGAACUCAGGAGCAUCAUCACCUCUCUGCACCGAGUCGACCGCUUCUCCCACGCCCUCCAGAUUUCGGAGUGGAUGAGUGACCAAAAAGGGUACAAUCUCUCUACGGUGGAUUUCGAGAUUCGGCUUCUCCUGAUUGCCAAAGUUCGUGGUCUUGAAGAAGCUGACAGAUUCUUGGACACCAUUCCGUUGAAGAAGAGGGAUUUCUACGUGCACAGCGCUCUCUUGAACGCCUGCAAAACCCACAGCUCCCUGAGCAUAGCCGAGACCACGUUUCAGAAGAUGAGAGACCUUGGAUUUGCUGCAAACAACUCUAAACCAUACAACACCAUGCUCUUCCUCUACCACCAGGCUGAAAAUCACGAUAUGGUCAUCAAACUUCUGCGCGACAUGGACCACAACAAUAUGGAACCCGAAGGUAUACCCUUUGGCAAGCUCUUAUCUUCUUACGCAAUUGCUUCCAUCAAAGACGUUGAGGGGAUGGAGAAUUUUCUAAGCAAGUGGGAGAAGAGGAUGGAGCCAUGGACCACAUGUUUCUUCCCUGCAUUCCUUCACUUACAACUAGGGUCUAGGGAAAAGGGUCUAGCCUUGCUGCGUAGGACCGAGGAACUAGUCGAAGACGCCUCCAGAGAAACCAUCUAUGGAUGUCUCAUGACUGCGUAUUGUCAAGAAGGCGAAAGAGAAGACGUUAUCCGUCUCUUGAACUUGGCCAAGGCCCACGGGAUAUCGUUUGACAGCUUUAAAUGUUCGGAGAUCAUCAAGGCAUUUACAACCAAAGGCGAUCUCGACACCGCUCACGAGGUUAUGGAAGAGUGGGAUACCGGGGCUGGCGAUCUUGGUCUGGCGGAUUUUGGUCACCGGAAGAGAUAUGUGAAAGAAGAGGCCGACAAGGUUUUGAACAUGCUUGGGAAAAAGGAGUGCAAGUGGGAGAGUUUGAGAGAAAAGUUACACAACUUGGUGGACGAUAGAGAAGAGGAGAGGAGGAAGAGAGUGGCAGAGGCCAUGGAGGGGAGGCUGCCCAACCGCUGGAACCCAAAGAGCAGCAUGGCUCUGUCCGCUUACGCCUGCGUGCAGUAUGUUGAGGGUCGGAGAGACAUGGAGAGUGCAGCUGACAUCCUCAGACUGCUUAGCAAACAAGAGCAAGUGUCUCGUGCAAUGGAUAAAGGCAGAUUGAGUCUUAAGAUGGUGGAGGCAAUGAGAGGAGGAGGAUACAUUGGUGGACAUGACUAACAAAUAUUUGUAUUUAUAAUUAACAUCAUUAAUCUAUUAGGCCUUAAAAGUUUAUAAUGUAUGAAAUGAAACUGGAUUUGAUUUA